GGAUUCCCAGACAGGAGACUGGAAUACAGCGGGCGGUGGUGAAUUUAAAUUAAUCAUACGUGCAUUGCAAUUAAGGGCUGUGCAAUUCGGGGUUCCGAAAAGAGGCGUCUAAUUAAUAAUUGAUGCACGAUGCAUUUGCUACUUUUAAGGUUGCGUUACUCACAAUGUCAACACAGACUGGACAAAGUCAAAACGGCGUGCUUCGUUUUGUAGGAGAAGAUGGUACCGGGAUGCGAGUCACGUGUGCGGCUUCAUUAUAUUAAUGAAUUAGCACGAGGUUUAGCAUUUUAGGUCAGCUUGCAUGUGGGUCGCUUUUUUUACACUCAAAUUAUUGAGCAAAUGCUGGCUCUGAACCCUGGCAAGACCCCCAUCAGUUUGCUGCAGGAGUAUGGAACGAGGAUAGGGAAGACCCCCGUCUACGAUCUGCUGAAAGCUGAGGGACAAGCCCACCAGCCCAACUUCACGUUCCGUGUGACUGUGGGCGACAUUAACUGCACAGGUCAAGGGCCGAGCAAAAAGGCAGCGAAACACAAAGCGGCCGAGGCUUCUCUCAAGCUGCUGAAAGGAGGCAACAUGCUGGAAGAGCUGGUCGACGGGGUCAGCUCACAGCUAGAAACAAAAACAUCCAGCACGGGACAGCAAGCAGAAUGCAAUCCAGUGGGAGCUUUGCAGCUCCUCUGCUGUCUCUCCUCCCAGGAGCUGGUGGUACAGAAGGGCUGGCGGCUGCCGGAAUACACUGUCACUCAGGAGUCUGGCCCCGCCCACAGGAAGGAGUUCACCAUGACCUGCCGGGUCGAGCGGUUCGUCGAGAUUGGCAGCGGCACCUCCAAGAAGCUGGCGAAGCGCAACGCGGCGGCCAAGAUGUUGGCGAGGAUUCACGAUGUGCCCGUGGACCAGCGCAAUGGCAACGAGGCAGAGCCCGAGGACGACCAGUUCUCCAUCAACCUGAGCACCAAGCCGGAGAGCGGGAAGUGGAAGAGCUCGGGCUGCACCUGGGACUCCCUGCGGAACUCGGCUGGGGAGCGGAUCCUGCACCUCAAAUCCAACCCCCUGGGGAUGCCCAACUGCAGCUCCUGCUCCCUCCUGAGCGAGCUGUCGGAGGAGCAGAGAUUCGACAUCAGCUACCUGGACAUCGAGGAGCGGAGUCUGAGUGGGUUGUGCCAGUGUCUGGUUGAGUUGUCCACUCAGCCCGUGACGGUGUGCUACGGGUUCGCCCCCACGAAGGACGCAGCCCGGGCCGGCGCCGCUCACAACGCCCUGCAGUACCUCAAAAUCAUGGCAGGGGGCAAGUGAGACCCCGGAACUGGACCCAGACUGCAGCCUAAAGACAUUGAACCAGGAUACCUGUGAGAACAGAUCGCCAAACUCUCCCAAACUAACACUGCUCUCCGAGGCUGUCUUAAUGUGAAGCCUAACCCCUUCGAGGGAGACUGCUGUAGGCAUGUGCACGCACUCAAUGCAACCGUGCUAUUUUUUUUCAAAAAGGUCCUGGGUUUUAAUUAACAAAAAAAAAGCUUGAAGUGAAUCCGUCAGUCUGCAAGCAGGCUGUGCUGUGCAUGGGGGCCUGGGUGACGUUUGUUUAUCAAAACUGUAUCGUGCCCUGGUAUUACAGGAUAGCAUGAUUUGGAGUCCCAGUGAAAGAUAAUGAAUGAUAUUGUGUGUGUGUGUGUGUGUGUGUGCGUAUGUAUUAUUUAAAAGCAAAAAAAUACCUACGCAUACAGUUCCUACAUUUUAGUCAUAAAAGUCGGUGUUUUUAACUCGGGAAUUAAUUUUGUAAAAAAUAAUAAUUUGUUAUUAAUAAAAUAAUAAUACUGUCGUUAUAAAGUUUUCUAUACCAGACUGAGUUGGGGCUGUACUGUAUGGUCCAAUCUAAAUGUUUUUUUACUAACUUUGCAUAAACAGUGAGAGGAAUUCUCUGGGGUUCCCAGUAGUACCAGUUAAACUUGAAUUUAACAGAGAAAUUUGCCUUUUAUAAUCCCCAGUCUCUUCUGUAUAUAUUGCAUAUAGUUCUGUAUCCAUUGCAUAAUUAUGAUUGUUACGGUUACAAGUGUGUUUGGGUUUUUUUGCUGUACCGGGCCCAUCUUUGUCAACGGGAGAGCUAUAAUACCAAUAUUGUCUUUUCAAAUAUCUUUCCCUUUACGGUGUUAUUGUUGUCCUUAGAUAGGGGACAUCGAUAAAGACAUUGCAUCGGAGACAUGUGUCUAUGCAUUAACUGAGGUUCUUUUAGAAAUAUAUGCUGUAGACAACCUGAACUAGGCUUAGCAGAAAAGACGCUUUCAGCCUGUUUAAUUCAGCUGUGGUGAACCCUUGCUUCCACAAGAGGGCACUGUGAGCAAUGUAAAAAUAGUUGAGCCCCAGUAACUUAGAAUAGGAAAUCUACACUGUAUGCGAGUCAAUGCAAAGUCUUCGCAAACACGUGUGUGUGUGUGUGUGUGUGUGUGAUUUAAAAGAGAUGCCACUUUCUACCUCCUGUUCUUUGGUACUUCUGUUUUGAAUAAAAGACGAUUGCAGUAAA